CAUUUCUUCCCAUUUUCUUCUUCAAUUCCUCUCUUUUCUUUCCUCCGGCGACCUUCUCCGGCAUCUCAUCGGAAAAUCCCACCGGAAAAUUAUAUCUUCAAAAAUUCACCAUUCUCUUCUCACCAUUGUUACUUCCACUUUUUUCAAGUAACAAAGUUCACAUAACCCUUUUCUAGUUUCUUCUUAUUCACUUCAUCAAUCACAUUGCAAAGCCAUUAAUUUUAGACCCUUUUGAAAGAAUUUCAAUAAAAACCAUUUCUUUCCUUCUGGGUGUUCUUCAUUCUGCAGCCUUAUAUGGAUGCACCUUAAAUGCAAUGUAAUAAAACAUUGCCUUGUCUGAUAGGGUGGAAUUCACUGCCUUAUAUUCUGGCUUCAGUGUUCAGAAAUAAAUUUAUUGUGUAGUCAAUGCUUUUUAUUUGAUUAGCAUUUAUUUCAUGGUUGAAAGAUCCUAACUUUAAGCAUCAACAACAUUUGUGAAUUUAUUAAGCAUCACAAAAUUCAAGGCUUUGUUUGUUAUAUUAUAUAUCUAUUUAUUGUUAUUUUUUAUAUUUUUUAAGGGUUUGAUUAUUGAAGAAGAGUGAAGCUCAAGCAAGUAAUUGGAAUGUGAGAAGAAUUUAAGUUAAUCAAUAAUGUUGUUGAGGUUAACAAAAGUAUCUGAUGGAAAAAGUGAUCAUUGUGAUAGUGAAGAGAUGGAGAUGGGAUUCAAUGUUUUGAGUGAUGGUGAAGUUAUGAAGUCGAAGAGAUUUAUUGUAAAGCCUAGGAUCAAAGUGUGGAUGGCACGUGCCGUUACUACUGUGAUUAUUUGGUCUUGUGUUGUUCAGUUGAUAGCAAUUGGAGAGUUUUGGGGUCCAAGGUUGUUGAAGGGUAUGCCUUAUUGUUUUAGCCACCUAGAAGAACCUUCAAUUGUAACUAAGGUCAUUGUUCCAGCUAAGGUUGUGUUUCCACCAAAAAGGAUUUAUAAAAAUAAUGGUUAUCUUAUGGUUUCCUGCAAUGGAGGACUCAACCAAAUGAGAGCAGCAAUAUGUGACAUGGUUGCUAUUGCAAGACAUUUAAAUGUCACUCUCAUAGUUCCAGAGCUCGAUAAAUCGUCUUUCUGGGCUGAUCCAAGUGAGUUCCAAGACAUAUUUGAUGUAGAUAAUUUCAUUGCAUCAUUGAGAGAUGAAGUUAGAAUAUUAAAGCAACUACCACCUAGGCUCAAGAGAAGAGUUGAAUUAGGACUGUCUUACUCAUUGCCCCCGAUUAGUUGGUCGGAUAUUUCAUACUACGAAAAACAGAUCCUUCCUCUGCUACGGAAACACAAGGUUGUGCACCUAAAUAGGACUGAUGCCCGACUCGCUAACAAUGGAUUACCUAUCGAGAUUCAAAAGUUGAGAUGCCGAGUAAAUUUCAAUGCUUUGAGGUUUACUUCUCAAAUAGAACAACUUGGUAAAAAGAUAGUAAGGAUUUUGAGGGAAAGAGGACCUUUUCUUGUACUUCAUCUUAGAUAUGAGAUGGACAUGUUGGCUUUCUCUGGCUGCACUCAUGGAUGUGACGACAGCGAGGUUGAGGAACUGACAAGAAUGAGAUAUGCUUAUCCUUGGUGGAAGGAAAAAGUAAUAAAUUCCGAGCUUAAGAGGAAUGAUGGUUUAUGUCCGUUGACACCUGAGGAAACUGCUCUAAUACUGAAAGCACUGGACAUAGAUCAAAAUAUUCAAAUUUAUAUUGCUGCCGGAGAAAUAUUUGGCGGAGAGAGAAGAAUGGCACGUUUACGAGCCACUUAUCCCAACCUGGUAAGGAAGGAAACUCUGCUGGAACCUUCGGAGUUGAUGUAUUUCCAAAACCACUCAUCACAAAUGGCUGCAUUAGAUUAUCUUGUGUCUCUAGAGAGUGAUAUAUUUGUUCCAACAUAUGAUGGAAACAUGGCUAAAGUUGUCGAAGGCCAUAGAAGAUUCCUAGGUUUCAAAAGGACUAUACUACUUGAUAGAAAGCAUGUGGUGCCCCUCAUAGACCUAUAUACCAAUAAGUCAUUAAGUUGGGAUGCUUUUUCCAUUAAGGUGAAGAAAGUUCAUGCCAAGAGGAUGGGAAACCCUAAAAGAAGAGUUAUCAUCCCAAAUAGACCCAAAGAAGAAGACUAUUUUUAUUCCAACCCUCAUGAAUGCUUACCACUUCAAGAUGUAUCAUUGACAAUGACAUGAUCUUAGCUAAAAGCAUGCCUGAUUUAUUCACCGUCCUCCUUUCGAGUUAUUCUUCACUAGAAUUACAAUGGUUUAAGUAUGUUUUUAGUCCCACAAUUCACUUGCGAUUUCUUCUUAGUCUACACGAAAACAUUUUUUUGUUCUCAAUUCUUGAAAAUAGAAAGUUUUUCCUUUUGUCUGUGUUAUUUAGUUUUAGUUCAUAUUAAAUUAGUCCUUGUAAUAUAUGGACAUUCGUCCCUAAAAUAUGACAUCAAUUUCUUUUUACAAGGACUAAUUCAAUGUGAUUAAGGUAUUACACAAACUAAAACAAAAUAGCAGGGACUAAAAACAAAAUUUAAUUUUUCAGGGACUCAGACUGAAACCUGAAGAAAACAUAUUUGCGGGAAGAAAAACAUAUUUACACCAAAAAAAAUUAGAUAAAUUUUAUGUUUUGAGGAACAAGUUCUAUUUAUGUAAAGCAGUAGCAAAGUUGAGUUGUAUCUUGUGUACAUUGUAAAGAAAAGCAAAAGAUGAACACUUUUAUAA